AAAGAUCAAAGAGGUCGUUAAGCCCGAAGCCUCCCUCAUCGGCACACCCGCCCCAUUUUCCUCCAUCAAUAAACGCCACUCGGAAAAGAUGCUAUCUGUAUACGUCCCUCUCUCUCUCUCCCCCUUUCAUCACACCCUCUUGCUCUCCCCCUGUUUGGUUCCUCAAAUUCCGCAGCUCAGGAAUAUUUGGACAUUCAGUUUCCUACUUUCUGUUUGGAUUCUUGAAUUGGUUUUCCAAUUUUGAAUCAAAUCAAUGAAGACCAUGCGCGAUAUUCUGCGUGCCGAUUCUUCGGAUGAUUUCGAUAUGCAGACGAUAGGCAAGUUCUUGAGUUUCGCUUCCAGAGGCGACAGGGUUGGAUUGAACCAGAUGUUGAUCCAGGGCAUAUCUCCUGAUGUCCAAGACUACGACAACAGGACCGCGCUCCAUCUCGCCGCGAGCGAAGGUCACACCCCCAUUGUUGAGCUUCUUGUGUGUUACAAGGCCAAUGUUAACCUCAAAGACCGAUGGAAACGGACUCCCCUGACAGAUGCGAGACUCUAUGGACAUCGAGAUAUAUGCAGGAUUCUUGAAGUAAAUGGUGGCAAUGACUUUACCAAUGAUCAACUAAUGACUGUUCGACAUGAAGAAGAUUCAAAUGAUGUAAAGUUUGACAUGUCAGAACUAAACACAGAGCAUUCAUCAACAAUUAGGCAGGGUUCAUUUGGUGAAUCUGAAAGGGUCAAAUGGCGUGGAACAUGGGUCGUUAAAACUGUUGUCAAGAGACAAAUAUGCAAUCCUGUAAAAAUGAUCCUCUCUGCUAAGGAUAACACUCUCCUGCGAGAACUUAGACAUCCCAAUAUUUUGCAAUUUCUUGGUUCAAUAGUGCAGCAGGAAGAGAUGGUUCUGAUUACUGAGUAUCUACCAAAAGGUAACCUGGAAAACAUUUUGAGGCAAAAAGCUCGACUUGAUUUGCCUACUGCUUUUCGCUACGCACUUGAUAUUGCUAGGGGAAUGAACUAUCUUCACCAACACAAGCCCUGCCCAAUAGUUCACAACCAUUUGGGUACCAGAAACUUGUUGCAGGACGAAGGUGGACACUUGAAGAUCGGCGAGUAUUGGGUUCAAAUGUUGUACGAGCCAAUUAACCCAGAUCAAAAUGGGAAAAGAAGCAAUCCCCGUAACAUCGAAAACCUAAUAGACGACACCAAGAAAGAUGUUCGUACAUUUGGUUUCAUAUUUUAUCAGAUGCUAGAAGGAAGGCACUUCAUGAACAGCACGAACUCUGACACCAAAAAUGAGGAACCUGUUGAUUUUAAGCCGAAAUUCCACUUAAGUCGAUGUACAAACAGAAUUCAUGAGUUGAUAGAGGAUUGUACAAGUAAUAAUCCUUCGGAAAUACCCUCAUUUGGUUCUGUCAUCGAGAUUCUGGAAGAGGAAUCGUCAUCUUUUGGGAGAGCUGUAUGCCCUUGUUGAGUGCAGUUUCACAACUGAGAUGGACAAGAAAAUCACUGAAUAAAUACAAACAUAUUUAUGUAAAAUCUGUGAAGUGAAGAUGUUCCUUAGACUAUUUUAAAUAAAUAAAUAGUCUGUAUAAUGCAAAACGUAGAACUGAUUUCAUCGACAAGCUUAUGUAAUUUGGAUUUACAGACAAGCUUAUGUAAUUUGGAUUUACAAGACUU